AUGCUUGCCUUCAACACUUUGGCUCAUACACAACCUGCUCUAUCGGAGCAAUUGGAAGUUAGUCAGGCUCAACAAUGUCUUGCAUUAGGUCAUGAGCUUGCAGGUAUACUAAAAUCAACAACAAAAGAUGACGAGAAUGCAUGCCGUCCUGCAUAUUUUUUUAUGUAUCAAAUGAAACUUCUGAAUACCCUUGGUCUUAUAAAGUCAGUAUGUAAGCCUUGGGGUACAAUGCAUAAUGGAAAUGAUUUUGCAUAUCAUUUUAACAAGAUUGCGACUACAGAUAGUGUGACAUUAUUGCGUUGUUAUGAAUCUGUAUUUCGUACGAUUUAUGACAGGUUCGAUGCGGAAGCAGCUGACCCCGCAAAUGCUGCAGCAUCACUGUGGGCCAAAGUGGAGGAUAUUGAUUACUUUAAAGUUAUUUACCGACUAGAAUGUAUGCGUAAUAACAAGCCUUUUGAUAACAGUAGUUAUCACGAUUUACUGGAGAAGACGGUAACUAACGUCGAUUUACGUUUCGACGUUGAUCAUUCCCACGCUAUGAGCAACUUUGAUGAGAUUCCAUCUUAUGAAAAGUACAACUGGGAAUCUAACACUCGCCAGUAUUCCUUAAGUGUGAUAGAUGAUGAAACAUCGGUAUCAUCCGAUGUUGAGAUGGACAUAGCAGCAGCCUUCCAAGUAGCGGAUCAAUUUGAGGAGGAUGCUGAUACGUCUGAGUUCAUCGACACGAAUACCAAUGCUAUAGAGCUUGCAGAGUCAUCGAACAAGUCUCAUGUUGGCGCCUCUACAUUUGUUGAGGAGACUCAUCGUGUAUACAAUACGCGUAGCCAGAAUGAGUUUGAUAAACUGGUUAUGCAAGUAAUUAAUAAGCAGCCUCGUACCUCGUCCCCUGUUUUACGUAGCUCUCGUCAACCUAAAUCACAACGUCCUUCAGCGGCGGAAGCACGUGUCACUACCCGUCAGAAGUCGGGAACUAGAAGAACGUCUUCCAUUACUAAGGAUGACAGUGAUUACGUGAGCGACUAUAGUUCCAGAUCAAGUUCCGCUCGUCGUACUAAAGAUGACGAUAAGAGACGUAAGGGUAAACGUGUUGAAUCUCCACGUACAGGUGUUACGGUAAACAAGGCGCCUACAUCGGCAAGAUCCGACAUGUCGCAAGACGAUGGUCAUACUACUCGCAACAUUCAUGUGGUAUCUGCGAGUGUGUCUUAUGACAAGCGGCAGCAACGAUUUAUGGCGCAGUGGAAGACCCGUGAGGGUACUAAGCACUCUAAAUCUUUUUACGCGAAGCGUUAUGCAACACCGUUGCUGGCGCGUAAACACGCGGAACUUUACAAAAUGUAUAUUCUACAACAUAAAGGAAAAGCAAUACAGGAAAUGGAAGAACCAACCUAUGAACAACUAGCUGCCCAAAACUUCCAGGCACUAGACGAGAUCAACAUAACAGAUGUUGGUUUCAUUGAAGAAAUAGCUAUGUCGCACGUAUCUCGUGUGACUUUUGCGCUAGUUACAUCAGUUGCUGCCGUAUGUGUAACCUACUUCCUAUGGUAUCGAGGCUAUGAAGAGCCAUCAGAGCCCAUAGACGAUGCUACUGAUGAAUCUCUAACUGAACAACACAUUCCGUCUAAAAGGCCGGAUGUGGUUCUGCCAAUUAAUAGCGAAAGGGUAAAAUUAACUACUGUCUACUAUGCAAGUCAAACCGGUACUGCCGAGCGCCUUGCUAAAGCGCUUGCGUUGCUCCUUGUUGAAUGGCAUGAUUCCUUUGGAAAAACUGCUGUGAAUUUAGAGGACUGGGAUGAAGAGAAGUUCUCGCAACCUGGAACUAUUGCCAUAUUUACGGUGUCUACACAUGACGAUGGUCUAUUUCCAGAUAACGCUGAGAAGUUCGUCAAAUGGCUACAUUUAUUAGAGCAAGAUGGAAGGACUCUGGAUGGGCUGUCAUUUAGUAUCUUCGGAUUGGGAAGUUCCGAGUAUCCUUUAUUCAAUAAAGCGGCUAAAACCCUGCAACAUACUUUGAAGAAGCUGGGUGCGAGGGAACUGCAUGGUCUGGCUCUUGGUGAUGAUUCGUGUGAUUUGAAAAGCGACUUCGAGCAAUGGACAAGGGGUCUCUACGAUGCUCUUGCCAAUGAGCUUCAUAUAAUACCGAUGCCAUUCAAAUCUCAGCCCAAAGUUUAUAAUCGUAAGGUGACCGAUACCUGGCGUGAUAUAGCGCCAUUGGAAUUAAGAUACGUUAGAGCCAGUGACGUGGUCCGAAGCAAUUCUCCGAUGACUUCUAACGUAGUUUGCAAGCAACAAUGGCAGUGUAGCGAUUACGUGGUCUUGGGUAAUUUCAAUAUGACUCCUAAUGCUGACAGCGUAACACAUUGUGUGAGCGUCAGAUCGGAUUCCACCUUUACCGCUGCCGAGACUGCAAAUAUUCUCUACGAGAAUCCAGUUGAUAUUGUAAAAUACUUCAUGGGUAAACUUAAUCUGAAGAAUAAUGAUUUGGACAGGUGGAUAACCUUUGUGCCCAGAGACGGGACAGUGGGCAGUUGUAUGACAUUUGAUCCCCCAUUCCCGGUCCCAUGUACAAUUCGAGAUGCGCUUUUUUAUUACCUAGAUUUGACGGGGUUGCCAGAUGACGAUGUUCUUUGGGAUAUGGGUACCUUUUUGCAGACUAAUAGUGAUUGUCAAUUGUACAAUAAACUGUUUGAGCGUCAAGGUUUGCUAAAGACCAUGAGGGAUGAGCUGAACGUUGUUUUCCCUGAAUUUGUAGCGAUUUUUAUGAGAGGAACCGUGUUCAACAUUGGCGGUUUCUUCCAAAUCGUUCCAAAAAAGAUCCCUAAACCUUAUACCAUCUCGUCGCAUCCAAAGAUGAAAAGGAUCGAUUUGACUGUGAAACUUGUUACGUUUCGUAACCACACCUUUAAACGUCUAGCGUCUAGGCUCAAGAGGGAAUUAGGCUAUAAAAUAAAGCCUGCCAAUGAGCACUUUUUCUCUAGACCUCGCAUGUACAAAGGGGCAUGUACUCAUUGUCUAUGUUCUCUGGGUAAAGGCGACGUUGUAAAGUUGUAUAGGAGGCCGUCAGCUUUUAGUCAUAUCGAGGGAUUGCGUGAGAAGCCGCUUGUCAUGGUGUCCAACGGUUCCGGCAUCGCGCCAUUACGAGCGCUAUGGCAAGAUGAGGAUAUCGUCAUGGAGCGUUUGUUAUUCCUAGGUUUUCGGAACGAUGAGCACAUGUUGUACAAGGGCGAGAUUGAGCAUCUGAAGACUCUUCCAAAUUACACUGUAUACGUUGCGUUUUCGCGAACUGGCGAGCAGUUACACGUGCAACAUUUAUUACGCAGCCAUAUAAAGAAGGUUGACCUUGUAUUGAAGAAGGGUGGAUCGAUCUUCGUUUGUGGGAGUAAAUCAAUGGGAGCACAGCUCAAGGCUAUAAUUCAGCAUUUCUUAAAUGUCGGUAUUGAUGACCUAAAGUCUAGGCAGCAGUACGUUGAGGAGUUGUGGUAG